UUUUAUUUUGGAUCCUGAUGAAUCAGGUGUGAAUCGACUCGCUGUGAACACAAGCAGACGCGUCCAUCCAGUUUGAAACAAGUUGACGGCAAAAUGCAUAUUUCAGAGAACCCCAGUUACGGACAGAUAGAGGCAGUGUUCACUAGCGCCUCUACUGGUCUGGAGGGCUUUAAAGCUCAUGCUGUGUUUCAGGAGAUCGCUAAAAAGAUGGAGGAGGAAGGUUCUCAGUAUGUGAAGAAGAUUGGAGGUGUGUUUGCUUUCAAAGUGAAGGACGGCCCGGACGGCAGAGAGGCCACGUGGAUCGUAAACGUGCGUGAUGGAAAGGGCUGCGUCCACAACGACACCUCCAAGAAGGUGGACUGUACCAUCUUGAUGACGGAUUCUGACCUGUUGGCCCUAAUGACUGGGAAGAUGAACCCUCAGACUGCGUUUUUCCAGGGAAAGCUGAAGAUCACAGGGAACAUGGGAAUGGCCAUGAAACUCCAGAACCUGCAGCUACAACCAGGCAAAGCCAAGUUGUGAGACUCCGCCCACACGGCCCCGUCGUCCCCUCCGGCCCCCUCCGUCAGGGCCACUGCAGCAGGGACGGAGAGUCUUGUCUCCACUUUCUGUGCUUUAACCUUCAGACCCGUGUGUAGAACAGAACCUAGUGGAUGUAGCUGAUCUACACUCACUCACUCACCCCUAAACUCGAGAUCAACACCACGUGACACCUGAAAGACACCCAACACGUUCCCACCUCCACACCAGACACUUUUCCCCCCAACACCUAAAAUAACCGCACACCAACACAAGAAAUGUUCCACCAUGACAGCAGUUUGUUUCAGGUGGUGAAAUUGAUCAGUCAUAAUUUAAAAAUAAUUUAGUAUUACAACUUCUCUGAUUUUCCACAAAUUUUCUAAUAAUAAUAAUAAUAAUAAUAAUAAUAAGAUUCUCAAACACUAUGAUCUUCCUAAUUUUCUGUGAGAAUCCUGUCGUCUGAUCCGAGGGUGUACGAUAUCCCUUUUCAUUCCGUCACGUGUCCUUCUGCAGUGCGUCUCUGGGUCAGAAGGGGGCGGAGCUUAAAGUUACGCACGAUCACACCACAAUAUAUCAUCUAACACACUAUUACUUCUUAGCAUGGACUGGUGAAAUUUAUGAAUAUUUAAUGAGCAGCUGUUGCUUCACACAAACAAAGUGCAAGAAAAUCUUUUUAAGACGUCGUGAACGUUUUUAUCCCAUCACAAAGUUAGCUAAUGUUUGCCAUCUUACGAGAGCUUACGCUAGCUAGUUAAAUAAAUAUCUGGCUAAAUUGUAGCUAGUUAGCUUGGCUAAAUUUCUAUGCUGCUAUAAUGAUUAAAAAAACAAACAGAACUUUAUAUUGAACUGAAAAAUAAAAAGAAAUGUUAGCAGUGAGUGAGGUCAUGUGAUCAAACACAACUUAAGCUCCGCCUCUUUUUGAUCCUCAGAGAUCUGAAACUCUGUAAAAUCAAGUGACCUGGAGAGAGUGUGUGUGUGUGUGUGUGUGUGUGUGUGUGUGUGUUUAGGGUUUAAUAAAAUUGAUGAUCAUGUAGCAAUCUGAAUAAACUUUGGUGAAGUGUGA